AUGUCCACCCCCCAGUUCUGGUCCACCCCCCUCCGCUACCUGCGCUGGGCCUCGCACGAGAAGCCCGCCAUUUUCUACUCCCUCGUCAUUGGCGCCACCGGCCCCGUCAUGCUCGUUUCUCUGCCCCCGAUCCGACGAUUCUUCGGCGACGUUGACCCCGAGCCUAUUCCUCUGACAUAUCCGAUUCCCCAAGGUCCCCGGGUCAUUCCGCAGGGCUACGAUGACGAAUAG